AUGCCUCCACUCAAGCCCGUUCCUGGUGCCAAAGCCAGACUUAGCAAAAAAGCAAAGCUGGCUACACCAACUGAUGAUAAUCCAGUUACUGAACCGGAGAGGACCUCAGAAGCUCUUUUUCAAAACACUGACAUUGCUCUGGAUGAUCCGGUACCGCAGGGUCAUGAUACUUUUGUUGAUCCACCAGAAGUUAAUCCAACUAGUCAUCAUGCUGAUCCGCCAAGCCCAGCUGCCGAUCCACCAAGCUUAGCUGCCGGUCCACCAAGCCCAACAAAAGCCUCUGCUAAACCGUCAAACCCAGACAAGAUUGUUGAUAGCACGACAAAUGAUGUGGUGAUUACCGACUUUGGCCACACUGCUCCUGGCAAUCCUGUCACUUUAUCAAAGCACAGUGCCAAAGAAGAAUUUUCUGCUAUGGACAAAGGCAAGUGGAAGAUUGAUUUGUCAAGCUAUGCUUAUCUCAAUGCUCAGGACAUCCAUUCUGGAUAUUUGAACCAGCUUUAUACAAGUCGUGACUAUGAAGCCGGUUUAGUAAACUUGAUGAAGGUGCGAUAUGAGGUUGGCUUAACCAACAAAGAUUCUCAAAUCACCGACCUCCAGGAAAACAUCAAGUCCCAGCAAGCCGAAACAUCCAAGGACAAAGAUGAGUUGAAGGGCGCUUUAAUAGCCAUGGAGCAAUUGAAGGAUGGCUUCAAAGGCGAGCGAGCAGACUGGGAGGCUGAAAAAGCCACUUUGACAAAACGGGCGGAAGAUGCUGAAGCGGCCCUUAACCCGGUGGCAGAAGAGCUGACUGGAUUAAAGCGGCAAAUCAACACUAUGACUUCUGCUAUCUUUGGUAGCCGUGUCGCCCAUCUUGGCUCAGAUAUGCGCAAGAAACUGAAGGCCGCUUAUACUUUGAUAGAGCAGUUGUAUACCGGCGCUCAACAGUUCAGAAUGGGGAACUUCGUGCCUGGAAUUGUAAGUAGAGUGGAUCAUUGUCAUCCAAGGAUAUCAAGCCAUCAAAUUGAGCCAUUGACCAUUCUGGCUUUCAGAGCUAUAUCAGAGCACAUAAGACGAUGUAAAGUGUUUGAUCGAAAGCUGAUAGCAAACGGCCGGUUUCAACUGCUGAGCAUUCUGCUUUGUGGAGUAAUCCAUGCCAAGGGAAUAACAGGGGAAGAUCGAUGUAAACUGUGCUGCAUUCUCAUCUGUGGAGUUAUAUCUGACUACAUCCAUCAUGGACCAAUUGAUGCAAAGGAAUCAGCGAUUGAUCUGUUUGGAGACCUUCCAGAGGACGUGCUAUGCACAAUUUUUUCAAAGUUGCCUCUGGAAGAGGCUGUAAGAACCAGUGCCGUAUCAAGGAAAUGGAGAUACUUGUGGAUGCUUUGCUCUAAAUUGAAUUUCGAUGGAAAUACAGUAUGUGGAAAAAACAAUUAUGAGAAAAGAAUGUAUACUCUAAUGUUCACUCGCAUUGUUGAUAGGGUCCUGGAACAGUAUCGUGGCAAGUUGGUGGAAGAGCUUGCAAUCAAAAUUGAGUUGAACUUGAUGUUGGUUGAACAUCUUGAUAAUUGGGUUCGUUUUGCUGUAUCAUCGCGGACAAAGGCACUAGUUUUUGAUUUAGCACGAGAACAGCGUCAACCUCCAGGUUGUGUUGAUCCGUACAAAUUUCCAUUUGAGCUUUUAGACGAGGACAGUAUAUGCCGUCUACAGAAACUUCAUCUUAGCUUUGUAGAUUUCCAGCCACCGAUGCAUUUCAGUGGUUUCCCUAACCUAAGGAAGCUUGAUCUGAGCAUAGUGAGUGUCAAUGGGAAGGAUAUUCAACAUAUGUUGUCAAACUGUUGUAACCUAGAGUGGCUGAGUAUUGUUAGAUGCCAUCUCAAUGGUGAACUAAAGGUUAACGGCCCACUGCCCCACCUGCUAUACUUGAAAAUUGCUUCCUGCAGAUUAACAAAUAUAGCAUUCCAUGCCGUGAACCUUGCGACUUUCGAAUACAGAGGACUGGCGGUGCCUAUUGACCUCAGUAAAUCAUCGGAACUGAAAUGUGCAAACAUAUGGUAUUAUGGAGACACGCUCGAGCACACUAUUACUGUUCUUGCUAAUGUGCUUAUAAAUGUGCAACAUCUGACCCUCGAUACGGCCUGUGAACCUCCAAAGAUUCCCUGUUUGAUGCAUUACCGAUGCAAAUUUUCUCAGAUGACGCAUUUACAAUUGAGGUUGGUUUAUAUCGAAGAAUUCAAUAUAUUAUCUUUGGUCUCUUUUGUGAGGUCUGCUCCUUUCAUCAAGAAGUUAGAGCUGGACUUUCGUUUCCCUAGUUAUGUGCAUUCGGUACAAGAAUCUGAUGAACCUAUCAGGAAGCUAGCGGAGCGUCUGUUCAACAACUUAAAGAGUUUGUAUGUUACAGGAUUUAAAGCAUGCAUCGGUCAAGUUGAGUUCCUUUCACACAUGGUGGAAAAUUCCCCUGCACUGGAGAUUUUAAGUAUAGAUCAUUCAGACAAAUAUCCCCUAGAAGGCCAUGAAAGAGACACGAAAACGGUUGUUGACGUAGUCCAUAGAACUGCUAGAAGGUAUCUCGAAGGGAAGAUUUCGUCCAAGUGCACCCUAAUAUUACUUUAAGGGAUUUGUUGGUAUAGGGAUGUACAUUGUAUCUCUAUCUAGGGAUUGAAAAUCCGAUGCGGUGGCAUCUUUAAACAUGUCUGCAUUGGUCACUACUAUGUGCAUUGUGAUUUGGUUUUGCACGGUCCAUUAUAAUAUUGAUGAAAUGAACAUGCUUCCCUUUGCAUAAAUGCGCUGUUUGCCCUCCACUACAGUACUCGUUGCGUACAACUCUAUUAACCUCGGAGCUCCACGUUUUCACCCCAUUUUAGAUGAUGUAUAUGCUUCCUCCCUGCAUGACAUGUAUGGACACAUGGGGCCUUCUCUUUUUUAGCAGGCACGCAGCCCUAGUUGUUUUAGUUUUUUUUUCACCUCGCCGUCUCCCCCAUGCUAUCAGGUGUGGCGUUGGGUGUUAUCCGAUCGUCCAAAGCAUUCCCGCCUAACCAGUAACUGCUUGCUUCUGUAUAAUUCUUCUAUUUUUAUUCCUCUUGGUUUACCGGCUGUUGUUCCUCUGGUUACCGGUUGUGCUCUCAUCGGGCGCCAGCAGCUGCCUCCGCUGGUCGAGCUCGCUGCUGACCUACUCAGGCAAGCACGCAGCUGCAGAGCUGAGCUGCUGCUCCUGGACUUAAGGU